UGUUCGAGGUCAGAUUUCACUGAGACUGGAACAGUGGAUCCUUCCGAGAUGGCCUUACCAGCACGGGGGGCAAAUUUUCGGUNACCACAUCACCGUGCUUAAGCUCAACCUGGUCCUCCUCAUUAGCACCGGCUUGGCCAGUCCCGGCCUGGCCAGUUUCAUCCAGUUUAAGCCGGACACAGAGUACAUUUACAGCUUCCAUUCUUCCACGGAACUGAAAAACGUCCGAAGUCUGCAAGCUGAAUCUAAGAUUGGACUCAUAUUGGUCAAAAGUUCUAACGAGAGUAGUAGGAACCAGGAAAUAUAUCUGCGAGUUUACUCUGCGGCUGUAUUCAGCAAAGAAGAAAGAGUUCUUCUGAACGAGGAAAGGGAAUUUAGCGAGUGGUUCUCCUUUGACAUGAGCGAGAACGGAGCGAUUCGUCAGGUGUACUAUCCUCGUGAUGAAGACAGCCAUGUGAUAAUGGUCAAGAAAGGUCUGAUUAGCCUGUUAGCUGGUAACCUGCAAAAUCCUUCAGCAGACAAGCUGAAGGCCAAUGGCUGGAGUUACGACUGUAAUGAGACCGGUCACGAAGGUAACCAUGAGGCGUCCUACACCGCUCAGAUGGCACCAGGCAAUGAUGGAAUCAUUGUUUUCACCAAGACUAGACAUACUCACCCAAUACCUUACGGAAAAUCCACGCAUCAAAAGGAGAUCCACUAUCAUCCUGCUAUGAAGCUCCCCUCUUUGGUAAAAAUACUGGAUCGCUUCGAUGCCCCACGGGAAUCGGCACCUGGAUUUCAGCACAAGUAUGAAAAAACAGAGGACGAUAUUGUGCUUCCAGAGAUGCAGACAUUUUCAGAAGGCCAGCUGAAGUUUGUACAAGAGGUGUACUACCCGUCACCCGUUGGACCACCGGGUGAUGAAGACCUUGUGACAGACUCAAUACGUAUGCAAAAGCUUGAAGACGAUCAUCUGGGCUUCAACAUGACGUCUUUGAAAGAGCAGAUCGCUGGCAACCUUACCUGUAUGAGGAAAGCACCAUUGGCAGGCUCUAAUGAACAAAGCCACUGUUUCCAGAAGCUUGUACAAGCCCUGAACUCAGUGCCUGACGGAGAGAAAUUGGCUGAGGUUGUGACCCCUAUGUACAAGCCACCACUGUCCAGGCGUGUCGGUGACAAGCAGGACAGACUGUACAUGUUGGAUGCAGUUGCCGCGAUGUAUACUGAUACCUCUCAGUCACUCCUCACUGAUCUCAUCCUUCUGUCUCCAAGACCAGACAAGGAGCUUGUAGAGAGACUACUCAUUGCCUCAGCUGGCUUCAAACACACAAUUUCCGAGUAUUUCCUAGGUACUGUUCAAGAUAUCUUCUUCAAACCACAAUUAUUCCCUGAAUGUCUAAGAGACCCUAAGAUACAGAGGGUUGCUGUGCUUGCUCUCGGUGCUUUAGCUGGUGACCGAUGGCAGGCUGGACACAAAGCCCAAGCAGAGUCCAUCGUUGUAAAGAUUGAGGAUAAACUUGGUGUGCAUGACCCCUUGGCCUACGAGAAGACCUUAGCAUCUCUUAGUAAGGAUCAACAAGACAAGUUGUAUCACGACACGGUCGUCUUGAUCGAAGCCCUGGGCAAUGCCGGGCUCCAUCGCUCCUUUCCUCACAUAGAGAGCUAUACCAACUCCAGCACCACUCAUCCAAUGCUGAAAAGGGCUGGUCUGCACUCCAUGAGAGACUACCAUCAUGACACAGCUGCUGGUAUACUCCUUAAAUCUGCCUUGAAUGAAGACGAAGAUGAACACGUCAGAUAUGCGGCAUCCCUGCUCUACAAGGACCACCCAAACGGUGGCUACCAUAAUGCCUUCAAGUUUGUCACCCCUGAAGAGUAUGCUCUUGCCAAUAUCUCCAAUUUAUCAACUACCGGAAUAAGUGUUCCUUCCAGGCGUCGUUUGAGACGAGGUUUUUGGGAGGGCAUUGAGUUCAAAUUGGCCAGUCCCUCAGUUAACUGGAAGAAGUCCAUCGGCGGCCGACGUACUGUUGGGGCAGAGUUUGGCUUGACCAUCAGAAAUGAACUCGACAUGAAGAUUUCCCCUCUGACUGGCCACCUCGUUGUGGACGUUUUUGAUGAGGCUUAUGCUACAGUCACGAUUGGACUUCUUGGUCUGUCGGUGGAUGUUGUCCGAGCCCGUUUCUGCUUCAAUGGCUAUGUUAAAUACAAUCUCAACAUACUGCAGGAAUUUGGUGUGGAGCGCAUCAGCGACUUUGUAAAAGCAUACGACCUCAUCAUUGGACAAGUGGUUGGAAACAUCAGGAGGGCGGUUGACAUUGUAGUUGGGCUCUUCAACGGCGACCUCAGUAUUGGUCAGCUGUUCGACGACUUUGUUCAGGCACUUGAGAAUAUUCCCCAAAACGUCGCGAAUUUGAGAUCAGUGGCUACCAGAGCUGUGUCCCGACUCGCUCAUUUUGACCCAGACCAACUCCCACCUUCCUUCAGAGGCGUCAUCAGUGUUGUCAACAAGGCCACUCAGCUGUUUAGCGACAUCAAGACAGACGUCAUGGAAUUCUACCAGGCUGUCAAUGAGGCAAUCACUGUCACUUUGCCCUGGGCCGCAGAGCAGAUCUGGAAGUCCAUCACUGCGAUCGCAGACUCCAUCAGGGAUUUGCUCAAAUCACCCCUGAAGGCCAUCGGAGACAUCUUCAAAGGAGUCAUCAACAUUAGAACUGCAGUUAUUGAAAUCAUCAAUGUCAAAAAGGAAAUCGAAGAGGCCAAUUUCUUCAAGCAAGGUCAGAGGCCUUAUUGGUUUGACCUGCCCAAUGUCAUCGGUGACAUGCUCAAGGAAUUACGGGAACACCUCAGCAACAUCAGACGGGAUCUUAACGACUGGGUGGACGAGAUCGAGAGCUCGUCGGAUCCCAUCAAGAAAUUGACUGGGGGUGCUGUGGACUCGCACACCCUCAGGGGAAGGGUCCGAGAUGAGAUUGAGUCAAUCCUACAAGAAUUGAUGGCUCCAAUACAGCCUAUUAAGGAUCUCUUGGCCCCCUUCUUUGAGCUCUAUGAUCUCGCCUUCAACACUGUUGAUGCUAUCAAAGAAGCCUAUCAGACUCUGAAGGAUGGAUACCAAAAGUCUCAAGCUCUUGUCAUGAAACUGUUUGGGCCCAAGGCUCAUGAAAGAUUUCCCAGAAAAUACAGAGAGCCUGGAUCGGGGGCGUGUUCGUCGGGAGGAUUCUACCCAACGAACUCAGAUGGACAAUAUGAGGACCAGGGCGUCGAUCUGGAAAUACCGCCAGGAGCCCAGGCUAGCUUUUCAUAUAUACUUUGGAAGGGUUUUAGCAAUUACUGACAAACCUGAAUCAUUGAAUAUUAUUUGAAACAUGAAUCGGUGCAAGUUGUUGUUACAGCACACAUAGAAGUCCCCGUUCAUUCAAUGUAAAAACUGUGGGCAGUUUUUUGUCCAAUGUUGUGUACUACUUGAAUCGCCGGCCCUUACCUGCUUAAAAGGGCCUAACACUGGGUAAA